CCGUACUGGUUACACUGGUUAUACUGUGGUUAUACUGUGCUCCGACUGCGCGAAAUCACAGUUGAGUCCUGGGCGCGCUCGUAGAAUGCUUGAAAUUCGACUCGGCUAUGUCGCCGCCGAUGAGCAAGGAGCGAUACCGACUGGAGCAAGAAGCGUUCGUCUCCGAUCACGGGGGCACGGCGCCGCAAGAGGUGAUCUUCACGCUCUUGCCGGCCGUGUGCGGCGUUCUGUUGGCAGCGACGACUCUGGGAGUCCUCAAAAAGUACACGCGCGAAAAGGCGAGAGUCGUCAUCGAGUUCACGCUGGCCGUCGUCCCGAGCAUCCUGUGCUGCACCGCGUUAUCGGAGCACAUCGGGAGCGUAUGCGUGACGAUGAUCUCGGUCUCUCUGCUGAACAUAAUGCUGCUGCUGAUGCGCAAGGAGAGCAAUCCUCCCAAUUUGACUGUGCGGCCGGUUAGCGGCAGGAGACCUUUCAUAACUAACUUUCGCGCGUUGAUUAACAUCAUUACCGCGAUCUGCAUACUGGCCGUUGACUUUCGUAUCUUCCCACGGAAGUUCGCCAAGACGGAGGUGUUCGGGCACAGUUUGAUGGACACGGGCGUGGGGUUGUUCGUACUGGCGAACGCGUUGGUUGCGCCGGAGGCUCGUGACUUCUCUACCUCCCGUCAAGGAGGAUUUCGGGAGACCUUAACGAGAAACAUGAAAGGCUGCUUACGAAGUUGCGCGCCACUCCUGGCGCUGGGCCUUGGACGUUUCGCGGUGGUAGAGUACUUGGGUUAUCAGAGGCACGUCACCGAGUACGGCGUCCACUGGAACUUCUUUAUGACUCUAGCUGUCGUCAAGUUGUUCACCAGUAUGAUAACCAGCACCGUCAGCUCGAGGUAUUCGUUACUCUCGGGUAUAUGGAUACUGUGGAUGCACGAAUACACCAUGAGCACCAAAGGUUUGAAGGCGUGGGUCUUGCGGGACGGGCCGAGGGACGACUUUUUCUCCGCCAAUCGCGAGGGUCUGAUUUCCGUACCCGGCUACGUGGGGCUGUAUUUCGUCGGUGUGGCCAUUGGAAGACUGAUACACUCGGCGUAUCAAAAUUCGCACGCGAGACCGAGUACGAAAGUUUCGGUGAAACUGCACGGUUUUGAGUUUGGAGUGCGCUGCAACGAGUCCAUGAUGUUGUGCAUCAAAUUAUCUUUGAUCGCCGCGCAAACUUGCAUCGCGACGUUCUUCUGCGAUUUCGAGGUCUCGAGAAGACUAGCUAACGCCGGGUACUGCAUGUGGAUAGUACUUCUAACGACUACGCUACUCAGUUUCUUGCUGCUCGUAGAGAUCGUGCUGGACAUAAUUGAUUGCGCGAUAAACGAGUCGUGCGAUGAAAGCAAAACGGAGAGGAUGCGUAAAAGUUUGCGACUGAAUUUAAAGAAACACGUGAAGAGCGAGAGAGAUGAGAACGAGGCAUGUAUAAUCGGGAGGUCUUUAGAGAUUUUUGACGCUGUUAAUUACAACGGCCUGUUCUUUUUCCUCGUUAGCAACGUCACGACUGGCCUUGUCAAUAUGUCAAUGUACACGUUAUACGCCAAACAAUCGGUGGCUCUAUUAAUAUUAAUUAUAUAUAUGGCUGUGAGUGUGUUUUCAGCAUUGAUACUUUACAAGUUCAAAAUACCGGUCAAACUGUGAAACAUGUGCAAUAAUGAUGGCUAGUUUUAAUAAAUUUAUAAUUUCGGUCGGAAUUUUGACGAUCUCUUGCUGAAAACAAUACACAGAGGGAAUGUUUUUUUAAAAUUUAUCCUAAAAAUAAUUUAAUCGUGGGGCAACAUGGCAUUUUAAAGAAUUUUAUGAGGUUUUUGAAAAUUUACCAUGCAUUUCACUAGUGAUUGUACUAACAAGUUUAUUUACUAGUAAAAUGUAUGUGGGAAAAACUCAUAGAGUUCUUCAAAUUUGUUGUUGUCCCACGAUCGCACGAUUUUCAGGAUAAAUUUUAAGAAAAAAUUCUCUCCGUGUUUUCUUCCAC